UUAAGAUGCUGCCUUUGGUUAUUCUCUUGAGUUCUUUAGUGUCUUCAUGUGUGGCAAAUUUCAGACCAAUAACAGGUCCGACUUUGCCUGUAAAUGAAAAUGAGAUUUUAGAGGACCCUCUAUUUCUGACACCGCUACUCAAGAAAGGUAAAUACAAAAAAGCUCAACAGCUUUCAAGAGUGGAUCCGGACAUUGGCAACAUAACAAGUUAUUCUGGGUUUUUCACUGUUAAUGAAAAUUGUGAUUCCAAUCUAUUCUUCUGGUUCUUCCCUGCCCAGAAAGACAAAUGGGAAGAAGUACCUUUGGUGCUCUGGCUCCAGGGGGGUCCUGGGAGUACUUCUAUGUACGGACUGUUUGAAGAAUUGGGUCCUUUCGAGUCCUAUAAAGAAGGGUUGAGAAAACGUAAAUAUUCUUGGAACGUGGAGAACAAUCUUCUGUUCAUAGACCAACCGGUUGGGGUAGGUUACAGUUUCACAGGGAAGCACUGUUACCCUCACAACGAGACAGCUGUAGGAGCAGAUCUCUAUGAGGCGGUUGUUCAGUUUCAUCAACUGUUCCCAAACUUCCAGAAGAACAAGUUUUUCAUCACUGGAGAAUCUUAUGCUGGACAUUAUAUUCCGGCUCUCGGUCAUGCUAUCCACAAGAACAAUCCAACUGCCAAAGUGAAGGUAAAUUUAACAACCAUGAUGAUAGGAGACGGUUGGGUCGAUCCGAUAUCUCAAGUUGACUAUGGAAGUUAUCUUUAUCAACUUGGAUUUAUUGAUGAUGCUGAGAAAGGUAUCUACAAAAACUAUCAAGAACAGUUUGUGAAACAAGUAACAGCUAAAAAAUGGGAAAAGGCAUCAACUACAUGUGAUGCAUUUACUGGAGACCUCUACAAUCGUUUUGUUGGUGAUGAUGUGAGUGUGUACAAUUUCCUUCCGCAACCUUCUACGGAACAACAAAACUGGCAAACAUUUAUUCAGUCAAGUCAGGUUCGCAACGCACUUCACGUAGGAAAGCUAAAAUUUCAAUGGGGAAAUCAAGUUUAUAAAAGUUUGAAAUACGAUAUUGUUCAAUCGGUAAAACCAUGGGUAGAAGAACUACUCGAGGUUUAUCCAAUUGUGUUUUACAACGGGGAAGUUGAUAUUAUCUGUGCGUAUCCCAUGACAAUAAACCUUCUGCGAAAUUUGACAUGGAGCGGAGAAGGUCAAUAUCUGAAUGCUACUAGGACACAGUGGUGCGUAGAUCAGGAGCUAGCAGGCUACUACAAGGGCAGUCACCACCUGUACGAUGUGUUGGUGAGGGCUGCUGGACACAUGGUACCAGCUGAUCAGAGCUACUGGGCCUAUGUCUUGGUCAACUCUGUCACUUCAGGAACACAAGAUGACCCUCUUUAUGCUCUGGCCUCCUGCGAUUCAAAGCUCUAGAUGUUUUAGAUAUCUUCAAAAGAAUAAGUCAUGUUUUCCUUUGCAAAACUUUUGAUACGUCUAUUUAAAUUGUUUAGGUUUAUUGUAAUUCCAGAGACAAUUAGAAUAAUUUUGUUUCUGCAAAUAGGUUAUAGAACGUGCAAUUAAAAUUUAUAUAUUUUUUUAUCAUUUUAGGCAAUAGACUAUUUGACAUUUUGGAAAUAACUAUUACCUAUUUCUGUAGCUCUAAAGGCCUUAGCUGUCAAAUCAAAUUUAGCUACGUUUUUCGGCACAAAAUUAAUACACAGGGGCUGGGUCUAAGCAUUUUCCUAACUGCCAAAUUCCGUGACUGCUCCGAUAGCAGUUAGUCCACACCCCAAAGUAUCAUAGACCUGCAGGAAAUCAAACACCUUGAGCAAUGCUCGGUCACCUUGUACUUGUAUUUUAAUCAAACAUUGUCACCAUUUACAUUACUACAACAGAAACAAAUGACUAAAACUUGUCACUGUCAGAAAAUGAAUAUCAACUAAGGACAAUGUUUUGAUACUUGAGAUUAUAAUCACCAAACAAAAAUUCCCCUUUCCGGGGGUGUUGUUAUUGGCAGUCACUGCCCUUCCAUGGUCCCACUGCAUACCAAAGCAACUGGACUUUGACAAUUUUUCUCCCCCCCUUGAUAGCCAUCCCACAAUUUAUGACCAAAGUAAGACAACAUGUUUUUCAAAAUAUCUUUUAAUAUCACAAUUAUUAUUACAGUGGCAAAGCUAGUAAAUGUGAACAUUAUCAAUUAAAUAGUAUAACAGUAUAACACUAAUCUAAUAUUAAGUUUAAUAUUAAGUGAAUUUAUUUUUGUACAGUAACCAUCUUUGACAAGUCUUUCUGUGCAAUAUAAUUAUUACAAGCAGUAGGUUUUGGGUGAUGAACUUGAGCUGGCUUAAUCAAUGAGGAUAACUUUUAUCAGUACGAUUAUAUAAUCUUUUAUAUUAGAAUAAUAGAAUAUUUAAAAAAAACUCUUUGAAAUGUUCAAUAUAACUCAAUUAUAAAAUUGGUUAUAUUCAUUACUAAUUGUGUUUAAAUUCAUUAAAUCUUUCUGAAAUUUA